AUGCACAUUUCUGCUUCAAAUUUGGCAGCUCAAAUUCUCCCUCCUCAUGCCCUGUCGCCAGCCGCCGGAAAACGCUGCCACCGCCUGGGAAUUUUUCAGUCGAGCCUCCACAAAACCCUACGCCCCACCCUAGCCAGCCACCCGUCCUCCUCACUCGCCGAUUGUGACCGGCCGAUUUUUGCGCCAACUGCUCAGGACUACAGCGAGACCUUGGAAUCCGAUCGGUCCAUGGAGUUGGAGGGGAAAUACUCCGAGGAGUUGGAGGUCGCCGUGAAGGCGGUCCACAUGGCGUGCUUGCUCUGCCGGGGAGUUCAGGCGAGCUUCCUCGCGGACAGCAAUGGACAUGUGCAGUCCAAGGACGACGAUUCCCCUGUCACGGUGGCUGAUUGGAGUGUCCAAGCAACUAUAAGCUACAUACUCUCCUCAUCCCUCGGGGCCCACAACAUCUCGAUCCUAGCCGAGGAAGAAGCCCAUCACCUCUCCAAGCCCGAAUCCCUCCCCUUACUAACCACUAUAACAGACACAGUCAACAAAUGUCUAUCCCAAUCCACCUCAUUCGGGCUCAAACUUCCACCGGGCCUUCUAACCCCCUCAAACAUUAUAGAAGCCAUUGGCCGGUGCACUUCAACUGGUGGGCCCACUGGGAGAUUCUGGGCUCUCGGGUUCCUUUGUGGGGACCAAUACGCAAUUGCGCUUUCUUUAAUCGAAAACGGCGUGCCUGUGGUUGGGGUUCUCGGGUGCCCUAAUUAUCCUGUGGAUAAAAGGUGGCUCGGUUAUUCGAACGGGUACCGUAGGAUUGUGUCCCAGCUGGCGGACUCGGGAUGUGGGGAUGGGGGAUGUGUGAUCUACGCGAGGAGGGGUGGAGGGGGAUCGUGGAUGCAGCCGUUGGUUGGGCAAGGGAGGGAGCUCGUUUGGCCGGGUCGGGCGAGUCGGGUCCGGGUUUCGCGGGUCAACGAACCGGGGCUAGCCACGUUUUGUGAGCCGGUGGAGAAGGGGAAUUUGAGCCAUUCUUUUACGGCGGGCCUGGCUCACAGUGUCGGGCUGAGGAAUCAACCAUUGCGCGUGUACUCGAUGGUGAAAUACGCGGCUAUAGCCCGAGGAGAUGCCGAGAUAUUCAUGAAGUUUGCUCGGUCGGGUUAUAAAGAGAAGAUAUGGGACCAUGCGGCUGGUGUUGUUAUCAUACAAGAAGCCGGUGGUGUUGUGACUGAUGCCGGAGGCCAUCCACUUUGCUUUUCCAAAGGUAAGUAUUUGGAAGGUCUCGACCGAGGCAUAAUCGCUUGUUCUGGAGAACGAUUGCACGACAAGAUUAUCAGGGCCGUCGAUGCCAGCUGGAACUCGUCUAGCCUUUGA